ACCCAAAAUGGUGGAGUAGCGAAGGGGUAACAUUAACGAUUAACCAGGUCAAGGGAUCGUCGUACAAAACCAGACAACAAAACCAAAAACAGACACAUCUAUUACGUACUACUACUUGUCUUCCCAACUCUGCAAUCAGACCCUCGCUUUUCGCAUAUUCUUUUUUUUCCAGCUAGGGAUUUCAAUCUCCCUACUUUUUUUAUUCAAUUCUAUUUUUCAAUUGAAUUCAAUCCCCAAUUUCUCAAUUUUUAUUAUCAAAUCACAUUGUAUAAUCUUGUCAUUCACAGCUCUUCGUAUUAAUUUCUUCCCAAAUUCGACCUCUCCAUUUCCAUUUCUUGAUCUGCGCAUUCAAUUUUCAAUUUUCAAUUCACUGGAUUAAUUAAAUUUUAUUAGUUAAUUGAAUUGAUUAAUUCAUCAGUUUAAGCUGAUUUAGGAUCUACAAUGACGGUUCUUGAAUCUGGGCAUGCAAAUUCAUUUAAAAAUGGAGUAAUUUACUCGCCACAAGAGGAGAAACGCAUCGUACAGGAGUUGAAUGAUCAAGCUGAAUUUAAUCUUCAAGAAGGCAACUUAUACUAUGUUGUCUCUAGCAGAUGGUUUAUAGGGUGGCAGAGAUAUACUGAGAAAGAUGGUGAAGAUUGUGAAAUGAAUGGGAAUACAGCAGAUUUACCAAAUUCUGCUGAAAGACCAGGGCCGAUUGACAACUCUGAUUUAAUUUUAAAUGUAAACAGUGGUGAUGCUGAUAAUUUAGAGCUUCUUAGAACGUUGGAGGAAGGACAACAUUAUGUAUUAGUUCCUGAAGAAGUUUGGAAGAAGCUAUUGGAAUGGUACAAUGGAGGACCUCCACUGCCUAGGAAGCUGAUUUCUCAAGGUGCUAUCAACAAAAAGUUCAAUGUUGAAGUUUAUCCUCUAUCUCUUAAGCUAACAGAUUCCAGGGACAAUAGCCAAUCUGACAUAAGUUUCAGUAAGAAGGCUUCUACCCUUGAGCUCUAUGAAAAAGUGUGUGCACUCAAAGGGCUACCACAAGAUAAGGUCCAAAUAUGGGACUACUUCAAUGAGAAAAAGCAAUGUAUCUUGGUUCCUUCGGGCAACAAGACUUUGGAGGAAGCUAACCUGCAAAUGGACCAGCAUAUUCUUUUGGAGGUGCGAAAUGUUGGGGAGGUAUCAGCUGGCCUUGGGGUUAUAUCAACCGGAAAUGAACUUGCUUUGGUUCCUAUGGAACCGUCAAGGUCUGCUGUGACUAUUGCUGGUGGCCCAGCCUUUUCAAAUGGUUACUCGACGAGAUACAGUUCCAACUUGUAUUCUGGAUUGAGUACUAGCUCGACUGCUGAGAAUGGUGGUCAUGAUAGCAAUGGUAGUCAGAAAAAAAAGGAAAAAGGAGGCUUAGCAGGGUUACAGAAUCUUGGGAAUACCUGCUUUAUGAAUAGUGCUCUUCAGUGUUUGUUCCAUACUGCACCUCUUGUUGAGUACUUUCUACAAAAUUAUACCGAUGAGAUAAACAAGCAAAACCCAUUGGGAAUGCAUGGUGAGCUGGCCAUUUCAUUCGGUGAUUUGUUGAGGGAAAUGUGGUCUUCUGGGCGGACAUCAAUUGCACCGCGUCAUUUUAAGGGGAAACUUGCUCGCUUUGCUCCUCAGUUUAGUGGGUAUAAUCAGCAUGAUUCUCAGGAACUGCUUGCCUUCUUGUUGGAUGGAUUGCAUGAAGAUUUGAAUCGUGUUAAACAAAAACCUUACAUUGAGAUGAAAGAUUCAGAUGGCCGGCCAGAUGAGGAAUAUGCCGAAGAGUGUUGGAGAAGUCACAAGGCGCGUAAUGAUUCGAUUAUUGUUGAUACUUGUCAGGGCCAGUACAAGUCUACACUGGUUUGUCCAGUUUGCAACAAGAUCUCAAUUACAUUUGAUCCAUUUAUGUAUUUGAGUUUACCCCUGCCAUCAAUGACCAAUAGAACGAUGACGGUUACUGUGCUUUACACUAAUGGAGUUGGGCUUCCAAUGCCAUAUACUGUGACGGUUUCAAAACAUGGAUGCUGUAGAGAUCUGAUCCAGGCACUCGGAACUGCUUGCUGUCUAAAGAAUGAUGAGAGCCUCCUCCUUGCUGAGGUUUAUGAUCACAAAAUUUAUCGGUACAUGGAAUCUGCUAUGGAGUCGUUGUCUUCCAUCAAGGAUGAUGAACAUAUUGUAGCUUACCGAGUUCCUAAGAAACUAGGGUUAAAGAAACUGGAGAUAGUUCAUCAAUCCACUGAAAAGAAGCUUUUAGGAUCGCCACUUGUAAACUAUUUGCAAGAAGAGCCACAAACUGUUGCUGAUGUUUGUAUCGCCAUUACAAGUAUCCUUUCCCCCUUGAGGAAGGCCCAUGUGCCAUUGAUUAAGAAUCACAGUGAGAAGGAAAAUGGCUCUUCGUCGGGAGGCAAUGAUGAAACUGAUAAUGGGUUCAUUAAUGACACCGCAGGAUGCAAGUGUAGCAGCGAUUUGCCUUUCCAGCUCACUGUAACUGAGGACAGGCUUUCUUCAAUUGGCAGACAAAUUGAUGAUGAUUAUGUCAGAAGUAGUUCUUUUUUGAGAGUUACUCUUCAUUGGACUGAUAAUGUACAUGAACUUUAUGAUAUUAGCUAUCUGGAGGAUUUUCCUGAGGUGUGCAAGUCCGGAUUUACUGCAAAGAAGACCCGUCAGGAAGCUGUUUCUCUAUUUUCAUGCAUGGAUGCAUUUUUGAAGGAGGAGCCUCUUGGACCUGAUGAUAUGUGGUAUUGCCCAAAUUGCAAAGAACAUAGACAGGCUUCCAAGAAGUUAGAUCUUUGGAAAUUGCCAGAGAUACUCGUCAUUCACCUGAAACGGUUCUCAUAUAGCAGAUAUUUUAAGAACAAACUAGAUACAUUCGUGAGCUUCCCCAUCCAAAACUUAGAAUUGGACAAAUAUGUGAAGGAAAAGGAUUCAUCUAAUGCUCCCUACAUAUACGAGUUAUAUGCCAUCAGCAAUCAUUAUGGUGGCCUCGGUGGCGGACACUACUCUGCAUAUGCUAAGUUGAUUGAGGAUGACAAAUGGUAUCACUUUGACGACAGUCAUGUUUCUCCAGUAAGUGAAGCAGAUAUUAAGACUUCAGCUGCAUAUGUCUUAUUUUACCGUAGGGUGAAAGUUUAAGCAAAAUCUGAAGCCAGAGGAUGAUCUUGUGAUCCUAGUCAUUCUUAAAGGCAGUGUUUAUUGUGCACAUCUACAAUUGCAGAUACUCAUUCAGCCUGGAUAUUACAGGCAAACUUCAUUAUAAAUGUGUUUUUUUGUGCAAUAUUCGGAAGAUUCGCUUUGGAUGCUGGCUGAUGUUGGCUUUAGAUGGAGUUGAUUAGCACGGAAUUUUGGUUAGUAAGAUUGGGAGGUAGGCCUUCGUUUGUUCCACCAACAUUUGCUCAUUUGUUCAACAAAAUUUUGAAUUGAGCAGGUAGAUCAUAGAUUCUGGGAAUUAAUUUUUCCUAGGCCUUAUGUAUAGGUCUGGCUAUCAGUAGCUGAUUAAUUAUACUAGGAAACAUUCAUAACACUCUUUCCACCUCUGUGGUGGUUUUAUUUAGUUUCCUUUUGGAGAAUGACUUGAUGUGUAACUACUAUGUCCUUCGUGAUGAAAUUUUCUUUUGCUGAUGUAUAUUUUGCCAUGUUGCGUAUGCAUCAGAUGGUGCCCCAAGCUCAACAUUUGGGUUAUACAUCGUUAUAUUUUUUGCGCUUGAUUACAUCUUGUAACUACAUUGUACUCUGGGUUAUUAAUAAAAGUUCUCAAAGCUUAUGCCGACUAA